AUGAUCUCAACCGCCUCUGUGUUUUAUCGGAAGCAUAGAGUAAAUUUAUUACGUUCUUCGUACAUUAUAUUAUUGCUAGCCACGCUUUACAACUCAAACUCCAGCUCUAGCGAGAAUAAAAACAGUAAAAAGGAUACUCAGUCGACUGAUUUAGAGAAUAAGAAGAUAGAUGAGGAGAAAGGAGUAGGAACAGAUGAAGGUAAAGGGGAAGAUGACGACAGUAACGAAGAGUUAACGAUGAUUUCUAAGCAUAGUACAGAUACAGAAGACAGAGCAGUUACAUUCGACAAGGAGAAUAAAAGCACGCACAAAGAAGCACAGCAACGAGGAAAGGUAGAUUUUUUGUUCAAGCUUUUAUUACAUGACAAAAAGUGCCUCAUUUUGUUCAUUACACAGGCUAUUCUUUUGAAUAUCAGGACAUUGCUGUCUCUUCGCGUGGCUACUUUGGAUGGUCAAUUAGUUUCCACACUAGUAAAAGCUCAAUACGCAAACUUCACGAAGAUCCUACUGGGGAAAUGGAUGAUCCUUGGAAUUCCCGCCAGUUUUAUCAAUUCAUUGAUCAGUUACACAACGAAACUGUGCGCUGUUACUAUAAACAGGAAAAUAUCGGAUUUUUUGUUAUCGAAAUACUUAUCUAAUCACCAUACGUUCUAUUCCGUGGCUUCUGCUGAAUCUGUAUCCGAAAUUCAAGAUAAUUUGACGAGGGACAUUUACACGUUUUCUAUGAAUUCAUCUUUACUGCUAAACCAACUGUUGAAGCCAAUGUUGGACUUGAUACUCUGCUCGUUCAAAUUAUUAACUUCGAAUACUAGUGUUAUGGGCGAAGGAACUCUUGCAUUGGGCUUAAUCGUUUACGCUUCCAAUUCUCUGUUAAAAUUGAUUCAACCAAACUUCACUAAGCUGACGAUGGCAAGCGCAUCUCUAGAAAGUUGGUUUAGAUCUUUGCACUCUAAUCUGCAUUCGAACAACGAGGAAAUAGCAUUACUCAGAGGGCAGAAGAGAGAACUGGCCAACGUUGAUUAUUCAUUUUACCGGUUGGUACUAUUCUUGAACCGAGAAAUAAAAGCAAGAGCUAUUUAUGACAUUGCUACUGCGUUUGUCAUCAAGUAUACUUGGGGUGCAGCCGGCUUAGUGUUGUGUUCGAUUCCAAUAUUUUUUAAAGACACCCCUAAAGAAGAUACCUUAGAACCUAAGGAACCAAAGAACGACAUGACAGCUGACUUCAUCACGAAUAGAAGAUUAUUAGUUACUGCGUCAAGUUCUAUCGGAAGAUUUGUUGAGUUGAAGAGGAAUAUCCAGCAAUUACGUGGUAUCAGGUUACGGCUAAAUAAGUUCAAUGAUUUGUUGGAUGCAAAUAAGGUUGAUGAUGGUAAGGAACCUAAGGAUGAAGGAUGUAUAGUGGAGUACGAUGAUUCAAAAAUAAAAUUUGAAAACGUCCCAUUAAUAACACCGGCAUAUCAAGUUUUAGUUCCCGAACUAAGCUUUGAUUUGGAGCACGGAAACCAUCUGCUAAUUAUUGGGCCGAAUGGCUGCGGCAAAUCAUCGUUAUUCCGUAUUCUUGGUGGGUUAUGGCCUGUAAGAGCGACUGCCAAUAAAAAUCACCAAUCGAAACUAAUAAUGCCGCGUAGAACAGUGGGUAAAGACUGUGCAAUCUUUUACUUGCCUCAAAGACCAUAUAUGGGGAAUAGGUCAACAUUUAGGGAACAGAUCAUUUACCCAGACACUAUUCAACAAUUUGAAGAAAAGUACCACAACGAUUACGAUUUAGGCGAUGCAGAUCUGGUAAAGAUUUUACAAUUACUAGAUUUGGAGGAUUUAGUUACGGAAAAUAUGUCACUUGUACUGGCUCAAAGGACUUCUAAAAAUGGCGUCCAACAACCCUCGACGGAGGACAACCAAUCGCCAUGCACCAUCAAGAUUCUUGAUGCUUUCAGUAUAAUAAGAAACUGGUCCGAAGAAUUAACAAUCGGCGUUCAACAGCGGUUAGCUAUGGCAAGAAUGUAUUAUCAUAAACCCAAAUUCGCUGUCCUUGAUGAAUGUACCUCUGCGGUAGCACCAGAAAUGGAGCAACAGAUGUACGAAAAUGCACAAAAAUUUGGCAUAUCAUUAAUAUCCGUUUGUCACAGAACAAGUUUAUGGCAUUUCCAUAAUUAUCUGUUAAAAUUUGACGGUAAAGGAGGAUAUCAAUUUGGACCCUUUAACCCGCAGGAAAGAUUGAGUAAUGAAGAAAAACUGCUGGAACUAAAUGCCAUAUUGGACCAGCAGGUGCCGCUAUGGGAGAGAAAGUUGAAAGAUUUGACAAUUGCAAAGGAAUCAAACAUCAUACGUAAGUCAGAAACAAAUUUGAACCUCUACGAAAGGACCGAAGACCCAAGACCAUCCAAAUCCAAUGCAUUUUUCAACCUGAACAAAGAGCAUACUUUCGCAUCUCCCGCAGGGAAGGAGCCUAGCAAGAGAUUACCGUUAUUUUCCAAACCAUCACCCCCAUCAGCAUCAAAUCUAUUAAGAAAUAAAAAAAACAAGAACAAAGGAGGCAAAACGAAAACGGAACAGGAAAAAGAAACAUAA